AUGGAGCUGCUAAAAUUUAAAUUUCUAUGUGGAAAUUUCCUUUCUCAAUUUUCAGCGCAACCACGGCAACACUCGUCACAUAAAAAAAAAGAAGGGCCGAUUUUCGGCCAUUUUGCGGCUAAGAGAGACAAAGAAGCAAGAACAAAGUGUGAUCUUAUUGGUGUAGUUCCCAACAAUGAUUUAAGAAAUUGUCUUGCUCAUUAA